AUGUGCAGUUUCAGCCUAGAGGAAGAAGAAGAAGAAGACAAACACUUGAAUCUUCAAUUUCGCGACUCAAAAACAGAAAGUGAUUUGAAGCCUCACCUCAAUGAACCAAAGAGCCCUCUGCUUCCUCCUUUAACUGAAAUUGAGCAAGAGGAACUCGAGAAGGUGCCAAAAUUCAAGGCAAGACCUUUAAACAAGAAGGUUAAUCUGGAUUCCAUCAAACUUCCUCCUGGAAACGACUUUGGAAUCGAGAGCGAUGAUGAUGAUGUAGCUGUUUACCACGAUAGCCAGUUAGAAUUCGACGACGACAUUGAUUUCGGCAACAUAAUCGUUGUAGAUAACCUCCCUGUUGUUCCCCCGCUGAAGCUUGAGAAACUAGAAGGCGUCGUGAGGAGGCUUUACAACAAGUUACACGUAAGAGAACUGUGGAUGCCCCUCGAUCCCGAAACCAAUUUGACACCUGGCUACUGUUUCAUCGAGUUCAACACUCCUCAGGAAGCUCAAACCGCCAAGGAGAAGACUCACGGCUACAGCUUGGACAAGUCUCACAUCUUGGCUGCAUACACGUUGGAUGAGUUUGAAAGGUUAACGGAUGUUGAGGAGGAGGAGGAGUGGGAGGCUCCUCAAACGAAGCCCUAUGUGCCUUGUGAAAAUCUGCAAAGAUGGCUUCUUUCUCAAGGGGAUCAGUUAGUUGUCCGUUACGGCACUGACACUGAAGUUUGUUUAUGGGACGAUGCUGGGAAGAAGACGCUUGAGCCUGUUGAGAAGCGUGGUUGUUGGACAGAGAGUUACGUGCAGUGGUCUCCUCUAGGUACAUACCUUGUGACACUUGACAAGCAAGGCGCUGCUCUUUGGGGUGGUGCUGAUACUUUCUCACGUCUCAUGCGUUAUCAGCAUGAGAUGGUGAACCGUGUUGAUUUCUCGCCAGGCGAGAAGUACCUGGUGACUUACAACUAUAGCCCGGAACAAGUAGAGAUGAAAGUCUUUGAUGUGAGAAGCGGGAGGGUGAUGAGAGGCUUCAAGGUUUGUCCUAAUGUGUUUUCAAUUGGUGGUGUCUGUUGGGCCCGCGGGGAUGAAUACUUUGCCAUGCACAACGUAGACACUAUAUCUGUCUAUGAGACUGAGACUUUCAGCCUGAUUGAUAAGAAACCCAUCAAGGUUGAUAAUGUUGUGGGCAUGUGUUGGUCCCCUACUGAUCCCAUUAUUGCAUUGUUUGUUCCCGGCGGUGGAGACCGUCCUGGAAAAGUCGCUCUUGUCCAUAUCCCAAGCAAGGUGGAGCUGAGGCAGAAGAAUCUCUUCGGCGUGAGUGGCUGCAAUAUGUACUGGCAGAGUAGUGGAGAGUAUCUUGCUGCCAAGUUUGAUCGAUACACAUACACUAGCACAAAGAAAAAGAGCAGAUGCUUUGGAUUUGAGCUGUUCCGCAUCAAAGAAAAGGAUAUUCCAAUCGAGGCUCUUGAGCUGGACAACAAGAACGACGAGGUCAUUGCUUUUGCGUGGGAGCCUAAGGGUCACAGGUUUGCUGUCAUUCAUGGUGACCAGACGAGACCAGAUGUCAGUUUCUACUCGAUGAAGACGGCGAGGGUUUCAAAGCUCGCUACUUUGAAGGCCAAACAAGCCAAUUUCCUCUUCUGGUCUCCCACAGGGAAGUACAUCGUUCUUGCUGGCCUCAACGGUCAGCUUGAGUUUUUCAACGUGGAUGAGCUCGAGACAAUGGCCACAGCUGAACACUUGAUGGCCAGGGUGAUUGAAUGGGACCCUAGUGGAAGGUAUGUUGCAACCGCAGUGAUAUCAUUAGUCCACGAGAUGGAGAGUGGUUUCACUCUAUGGUCUUUCAACGGGACAUUGCUUUGCCGGAUACUCAAGGACCAGUUCUUCCAGCUGGCAUGGCGCCCGAGACCGCCGUCACUCUUGUCCGCGGAGGAGGAAGAAGAGAUAGCAAAGAACCUGAAGCAUUACAGCAGAAAGUUUCGGACAGAAGAUCGGGACGUUUCGUUGCUGUUGAGGGAACAAGUCAGAGAGAAGAGGAAGGCGUUGCAGGAAGAGUGGGAGGAAUGGGUGAUGCAGUGGAAGUCUCUGCACCAAGAGGAGAAACUCACCAGGCAACAGCUUCUUGAUGGUGAAAUCAGUGAUGAGGAAGAAGAGGAAAUUGAUGGUUUUGGUUUUUGA